AUGGCCUCUGCCACGCCCUGCGGCCGCGUCGUCGCGCUGCUGCCCUCGGCAACCGCCACAGUGUGCGCUCUGGGAAGGCAAACUGCGAUCGUCGGCAGCUCGCACGAAUGUACCCGCCAAGAAAUCCAGCACGCAAAUGUCUGCACGAGGGCUAAGGUUGAAGGAUUCGACUCUGCCGAAUACAAGGAUGUUUUGGAUGCCUGCAAUGCUGCAGCCAGUGGGCUGUGGCUCCAGCUGCACCAGCACCAUCGAAUGUUGCUGGAGUUCGUGCUGUCAGACUUUUGUGUGGAUGUGGACACAUUGAUAGAAUUGAAGCCAGCAGUUAUCCUCACACAUGUGCAGGGAAGGGCUCUGAUGUUGAAGCUGCGCAGAUGA